UCCCAGCCACCCUGCUAUCUCUCUGCAUCUUCUCUUUACUGGGAGGCAGAUCUGCAUCAUGAGGACCGCUGGCUACAUGCAGCAGAGGAGCAGGCUGACAUUUUUGGCACUGGCUAGGAAGGACAAAUAAAGAGAGAGGCAGUAGUUUUCCUUUCCCUUAAGGGCAUGUGGAUACCAGGUAUGUUCCCAUCCGAGGAAUUGAAUACAGCACCUCCAAUUAGCACAGACACCGGGCUUCCUUCGAUCUCAUUCCUCCUUCCUGUGGUCUGGCAAUAAUAAGAGAAAUGACCGGUUUGGCACUCAGUCACUGCUACCGCGUUUUGCUUGCUUUUGGGGUUUGAGCUCAGACUCUGGGAAUGCCUGAAGAACGGGACCUUAUGACUCCUCCUCAGUCAGCUAAUGUUGUGGAUGAAAACCUCUCUGUUUCCGGCUGCCCCGAGCCCUGGAUCGAACCCACUUUCACACUAGCAGCCAGAGUCCGUGUGAUCAUUACCAUCUGCUUUUUCCUGAUAGCAGCAUCCAGCAACUCAGUUGUGUUAUACAGCAUUAUGAGGAAGAGAAGGAAGUCCCAUGUCCGGCUGCUGAUACUGAGCUUAACAGUGGCAGAUUUACUGGUGACCUUCACGGUCAUGCCCUUGGAUGCUGUGUGGAACAUGACGGUCCAGUGGUAUGCCGGGGACCUGCCGUGUAAAUUACUGAACUUCCUGAAGCUUUUUGCUAUGUACUCUGCAGCGCUGGUACUUGUGGUUAUCAGCCUAGACCGGCACUCAGCCAUCCUCCAUCCUUUUGCCUUUGCUAAUUCCAGUCGACGCAACAGACUCAUGUUAUGUGUCGCUUGGGGCAUGAGCCUUCUGCUGGCCUCGCCCCAGCUUUUUCUUUUUCACCUGCACACUAUCCCGGGUGUCAAUUUUACCCAGUGUGUGACCCAUGGAAGUUUCCAAGAGCACUGGGAAGAAAUCACCUACAACAUGUUCACCUUCACCACCCUCUACAUCGCCCCACUUAGCGUCAUGAUUGUCUGCUACAUCCGCAUCAUCUGGGAAAUCAGUAAGCAACUGAAGAUCAACAAGGGUCUAGCAAGGAGCAAAAACGACCACAUCUCCAAGGCACGAAUGAAGACCCUCAAGAUGACCAUUGUGAUAGUCGCUUCCUUCGUUAUCUGCUGGACCCCAUAUUACCUCCUGGGCCUGUGGUACUGGUUCCAGCCAGACAUGAUUCAACGCAUGCCCGAGUAUAUCAACCAUAGUCUCUUUCUCUUUGGCUUGCUACACACGUGCACCGACCCUGUCAUUUACGGUCUCUACACUCCUUCCUUCCGAGAGGAUAUGAAGGCAUGCCUUAGAGGAAUAGAAACAGUAAUUAUGGGGCAGGAGAGAAACAAACUGCUGUCCAGUUCUGAGAUGAACAUAAAGGACUACAUUAUAAAUGGCGGAGCAGCUUCGGCCGCGUCCAACGGCACAAUCAUCCACACAGUCUGCUAGAGAAAAGCAUCUGGCAGGAGGAAAGGAACUCAGUGUUCUUGGUCGGGGGCAUUGCGUUGGCCAGUAGCUCCAAUUAUGGCGCCUGCCUGGGAAGUACAGUAGUAAUGCUGACAUGUCGUUCAGCCACCUGCCCCGCCUGAAUUAGGUUCGAAUGGAACACUCACCAGAAACUGGUAAAUGAGAGCUGGCUUCUGCUGCACUCACACUAAGUAUCAUCAUGCUCUCCAAGGGGUCCCAUUGAUUCCCCCUUAUUCCGGGCUCAGGCCCUUGUGCUCUGGUUCUGAGGACCCCUUGGGACCAUGGGAGAGACUCAGAGAGGGGCUGGCAUCCUGCUACUCCACUGGCUCUGUAGAAGUCAUUUGCACAGUUCCUGUUCCCCACAGGCUAGUUCCACCCCCUUUAUGGCCUUUUUAUGCUCCUCUUGGGCCAGGUGCAACUUACUGCAAUGAUUCUAGAAUUCAGUAUCCUCCAGCCUCCUGCCAACCACUGUUUUUCUGGAAAAAUACAUUGGCUUCUAAAAGAUAUAGAGAAAGGGCCAGAUUGGCAAAAGAGCAUUCUUUCUUUUUGGCCUUGGUGGGAUCAUUCAUGGGGCUAACGGUGCAGAACCAGGCUCAUGGGCUGUGUGGUUCUGACGGCUCUGACUUCCAUGACAAGAAUGAGACAUUACAGGUUUUUUCAGGCAAAGUCUUGGUCUUGUCUUCCCAGCCAGCCUGCUACUGACAUCUCCUUCUCCCUGAAUUUCUACUCACCUGUGCAGUAUUAAAAGCUACUCGCAUGACUCAAUACAUGCAGGUGCCAGCCCUAAUUCUUCCACUGUCAUUUUUGUGACUGUUUUGAAUCCCUGGCAAGUGAGCUCAUGCAGAGUGCUUGUUUUGUACUUCUUGAUCUAUGUACGGUGGAAAUAAACGAUUAGUGGAUUGUUUAUGAAAAAACCUUAAGCUGUGUCCACGCCAGGGACAGGGACUCUCAGAGUUAUGUUCACCUUUGAAUUGACAUGAUUACAAAUAAAAGAUGCCAAUGUGGGUAUUUUAGUAGCUUGAGGAUAUAUGGUUUUCUGCCCGAUCGGUGCA